AAGAAGAAGAAGUUUUUACCGCGUUAGUCAAGUGGCACAUGACUCCAGCGAACUCAACACACUACGCUUCUUUAGCAGCACAUUGUGCUUUUUCUGAAGGAGGUUGUUGCAGCGGGACAGUUCUGCAGGAGGCUGUCAGUUCACCCAGAACCGGAGGCAAGUGGGUCUGUUUAGGGUCACAGAGACGUCAUGGCAGAAGAGGCGAAGAAACUAGCAGGCUACGCUGCGGUGGAUAACCAUGUUCAGAACCACCAGGUGGUCGGAGUGGGCAGUGGAUCCACCAUUGUGUAUGCUGUAGACAGACUAGCGGAGAGGGUUCGUCAGGAGAACCUCAACAUCGUGUGUGUCCCCACCUCCUUUCAGGCUCGUCAGUUGAUUCUGCAGCAUGGUUUAACCCUAUCGGAUCUGGACAGACACCCAGAGCUGGAUGUGGCCAUCGACGGGGCGGACGAGGUGGAUGCAGCUCUCACAAUCAUCAAAGGAGGAGGAGGCUGUCUGACUCAGGAGAAGAUCGUAGCAGGCUGUGCCAAACACUUCAUCGUCAUCGCUGACUUCAGGUGGGUCUGUGUUCUUAUUAAGUUAGUCACAUGCAUCGUAAACAACGUGUAG